AGUGUGGAAGCAAAUAUUUUAUACCUAUCAGCAGUUUUACCGCUAGUUCGAGUCACAGUUCUAAUUUCCUGCCAUCUGAUGGUAGACUUGGUAGACGUGGAUGGGCUCCAAAGACAACCUCCAAUCCAAAUGAUUACCUACAGGUUGACCUCGGGUUUUCAUACUUUAUUUGUGCUGUAGCAACACAGGGUAACAUUAAGGCUCCUGAAUGGGUCAUGACGUUCAAGAUAAAUGUAUCACUGAAUAACAUAAAUUGGACGACGUACCAAGAAAAUGGAGUAAACAAGGUGUUUCAAGGAAAUUCAGAAAACCAGUUGAUUGUACAACAUUCAAUUAAAAACCAGUUUGCAAGAUAUAUCCGUUUUAUUCCCGUAAUGUAUAACUUGUUCAAGACUAUGAGAGUUGGAAUCUUUGGCUAUCAAGAAG